UCUUCGUCGCAGCCAUUUAUGAGCCUUCCGAGAGCGCACAACGUCUCUCGUCAGCAGGGUGCAGCGGGCGCGUCGCGGCGGCUGCGCGCACGCCGUUGCGUGCCGUUCGACCCGCUCCAGCGGCAGCGCCGCCCUGCUGAUGUUCGGAACACUGGCGGAUGGACUCGCAUCGCAGCCGCUGCUGGCGGCCCUGGCAAACUCCACUUGCACGAUGCAGCGACGCCGCAUCUCUGGCGAGAGCUCAGCACGCGCCAGCCGCGUAGCCGCAGCCGUCGCCAGUCGACGCGCGCCCACGUUCUUUUCUCGCCAGCUCGCCGGUCGAGCGGCGCCUUCACAUUCUUUUCAGGUUCGAUCUUCACGAGGCAGGCCCUCGAUCCACCGAUGCGUUCGCCUCUACUGCUGCUGCCGCUGCUGCAGCUGCUGCUCGUCAGCGGCAGCCACGCCCGGCCGGCGCCGUCGCGCGCCCACGCCCACCGCCGCUCGCUGGUGGCGCGCGCCAUCGUCGAGGCGGGCGAGCAGGAGGUGGUGCGCCGCGAGACACCGCCGCUGCUGCGCAUGCACGCUUGUGACACUGGUGUCGACGAGUGGGCAGAUGCAGAGGUGCGUCUCGGUAAGCGUGCCGACCAGCUGGCGCCGAGACGCUCCAGCGAUGAUGAGGAGCCGGAGGAUGAGGAGUCCGACGACGAGGACGAGGAGGAGCGCUCGUCAUCUUCGAAGAAAGGCUCAUCAAGGACCAAGUCGUCGAGCGACGACGAUGAGUCGUCUACGCGCAGCAACUCCAAGUCGAGCCCAAAGAAGAGCAGCAGCACGAAGAGCAGCAGCAACACGAAGAGCGCCAGCACGAGCAGCGCCAGCAGCGGCUCGGACGUACGCGCCCUGCCGACCGUGACGCCGGUCGCUGGCGCGCCGCAGGUGCUUGCCGCGCCCACGCCGGCGCCUGCUGCAGCUGGCGCCGUUGCGCCAUCGGCGGGCAUGCAAGCCGACAUGGGCACGCCGCAGAGCAGCAAGAAGGCAGCUCAGCUCGCGGCACAGCUCGCGGCGGCGCGCCAGCGUGCCAUUGACGGCAGCCGUCUGGCAGCGACUGCCGCUGUAGGACCAGCCGGCGCCAGCUACGCGGCCAUCUCCGACCCCAACAUGAUGACCGGCGCCACUUCGAGCGCCUGGCUGAGCCCUGCGCCUGGCGCGGCGUACCUCUCGGGCCAGGAUGUGGUGCUGAGCUGGCACCAGGCAACGCAGGACACGCCGUCGGUGCAGCUCGCGCUCUGCCUGCUCGCCAACUCGAACGACCUGCGCGCUGCUCAGGCGGGCGUUGUGGUGGCGGGCAGCUGCGGUGCGCCUAUGAGCGCCGAGGUGACGCCGAGCGUGUCGGGCCAGGCCGGCGUGUGGGAGAUUCGCUUCCCUGCACCGAACGUGCCGUCUGCAGACAGCUUCUACGUUCAGCUGACGCCCAGCACGGGCGAGGCCGUGGCGCCUGCUAGCCAGAGCCAGAGCGCCACCGACGUCGAGAGCGAGAGCACCUCGACGUCGGGCUGGAAGAGGCAGAGCCGCAGCGCUAGUAGCACCAAGACGUCCUCUGCCGAGGAUGCCGAGCCGACAUCCAGCUGGAAGAGCAAGCAGCGCGAGGACAAGAAGUCGUCGGCGGACGAUGAGGAGGAUGAGGGCGACGAGGAGGACUGGCGCCGCCGGGACGCCGGCGACAUGCCGUCCUCUGCCCUCAUCUCUCCGGCCUUUGUGCUCGCGCCGCUCGGCACCGACUUGACGGCUCCUGCCGCGCCGCCGGCUCAGAACACCAACGACGAGGUUGGCACGACUGACAAGCAGCGUCCCGUGCCGCUCGUUGGCAUCAUCGUGCCGCUCGUCGUCAUUGCCGUGGCUCUGCUCGGCGCUCUGGCGCUCUGCCUCUUCCGCCGCGGCCGCCAGUCGGCUCAGGCGCGCCGCACGGCCGAGCUCGUCGCCGAGACCCAGAGCCGUGCGGAGGCACGCCGCGAGAUGGCGCAGCUGCGCCAAGCUGCCAGCAGCAGCGCUCUCUCACUCUCUCGCAGCCAUAGCAGCAGCAUUCGCAGCGGCAGCAGCCGUAGCGUCGGAGGCUCAUACGCGCCACGCCGUCAGCUCGAGGAGAUCGCCCCGCCAUCGGACGCCUACACGCCGAUCUCGGCUCAGCGCCGCUUUACCGCCGACCGCUUCGGUUCCUCGCUUGCCCCGCCUGUGGAGUAUCGCACACUGGCGUCGGAGGUCGGUACUGCAGCCCCGCCACGGCGUCGUGACACUACAACGUCCUGCGGUAGCAGUGCGGCGGCACAUGACUACCGCGCGGCGAGAGGGUGUCAGCACGACUGCGGCUCGGACGCCGGCUCUGAGUCGUACGAGGCGCUGCUCUCGCGCCGCCCGACGACGCUGAGCACGCGGCACAGCGACGUCGAGAUCCACCCGACGCACCUGCACAUGCGUCUCGCCUCGCCGCAGCCAGCACACCUCGCAGCCGCGCCCGCAUCCCCGAUGCCUCCGGCGCUGCCCGAGAAGCCGCGAGUGCCUGCUGCGCUGCAGCCGGCCGUGCUCGGCGUGCCGACGGGCGCCAGCACGGGCACACACUGGACGGCGCUCUCGCCCAUCUCCUCGGAGGCGACGCCGCGCACCGAGCAGCGCUCGCCGCUCGCCAACCCGUUCCGCAACCCGUCGCCCUCGAUUGCCGCGCCCUCGCCGUCGGUCACGAGCAUGCGUGCUGCAUCGUACGGCGCUGCUGAGAAGGCGCCCUCCGGACGUCGCGGAGGCCCUGCUGGCACGGUCAGCGAGGAGAGCGUGCAGCGCGCCGGCGCGGCCGCCGACCUGUACGAGCAGCUCAGGCGUGCGCUCAGCGGUGGGGCGUGAGCAGCGCUGCUCUAGCCCCGUCUGCUGAAAGCAUCAGCGCUGAGACCAGUUCAAUUUAAUCGAUACUCCCGUUGCU